UUCCCUGGAAGAGCAGCCGGAAAAGCCUCCUCCUGCUCAGACCGGGAUAAACGAGACGCUGGUUCCUUCUCGCAACCAGCUCUCUGAGCCCUGGGAACCGCCGUGGCGGUCGGCACUGCAGCACCAAAGGCUGCGAGCACACCCUGGGCUCAGCUCCAGCUGGGCGCGGGCGGUGCGGGAGCGGCUUCAGCACCACGGACAGCACCCCGCCCGCGGCCCUCCGGCCUGCGGCGCGCUUCGGCAGCUUUAGGCGAGCCGGCGAGCUAUGCCAGAGGCAUGGCCUGGCGCUCGGGCCCCAUGGCGCUGCUCCUCAGCUUUGGCCUCCUCGGGCUGUGCUCAGGAGUCUGUGGUACAGACACAGAGGAGCGGCUGGUGGAGCAUCUCCUGGAUCCUUCCCGCUACAAUAAGCUUAUCCGCCCAGCCACCAAUGGCUCUGAGCUGGUGACGGUACAGCUCAUGGUAUCACUGGCCCAGCUCAUCAGUGUGCAUGAGCGGGAGCAGAUCAUGACCACCAAUGUCUGGCUGACCCAGGAGUGGGAGGAUUAUCGCCUCACCUGGAAGCCUGAGGAAUUUGACAACAUGAAGAAAGUUCGGCUCCCUUCCAAACACAUCUGGCUCCCAGAUGUGGUCCUAUACAACAAUGCUGACGGCAUGUACGAGGUGUCCUUCUAUUCCAAUGCCGUGGUCUCCUAUGAUGGCAGCAUCUUCUGGCUGCCGCCUGCCAUCUACAAGAGCGCAUGCAAGAUCGAAGUAAAGCACUUCCCGUUUGACCAGCAGAACUGCACCAUGAAGUUCCGCUCGUGGACCUACGACCGCACCGAGAUCGACCUGGUGCUCAAGAGUGACGUGGCCAGCCUGGACGACUUCACGCCCAGUGGCGAGUGGGACAUCGUCGCGCUGCCGGGCCGGCGCAACGAGAACCCGGACGACUCCACUUAUGUGGACAUCACGUACGACUUCAUCAUCCGCCGCAAGCCACUCUUCUACACCAUCAAUCUCAUCAUCCCCUGCGUGCUUAUCACCUCACUAGCCAUCCUCGUCUUCUACCUGCCCUCCGACUGCGGCGAGAAGAUGACGCUGUGCAUCUCCGUGCUGCUGGCGCUCACCGUCUUCCUGCUGCUCAUCUCCAAGAUCGUGCCGCCCACCUCCCUCGACGUGCCGCUUGUAGGCAAGUACCUCAUGUUCACCAUGGUGCUUGUCACCUUCUCCAUCGUCACCAGCGUGUGCGUGCUCAACGUGCACCACCGCUCACCCACCACGCACACCAUGGCUCCCUGGGUCAAGGUCAUCUUCCUGGAGAAGCUGCCCAAGCUGCUCUUCAUGCAGCAGCCGCGCCACCGCUGCGCCCGCCAACGCCUGCGCCUGCGGCGGCGCCAGCGCGGGCGCGAGGGAACCGGCGCCGUCUUCUACCGCGAAGCCCUGGGGGCAGACUCCUGCACGUGCUUCGUCAAUCGCGCGUCUGUGCAGGGCUUGGCUGGGGCCUUCGGCUCGGAGCCGGCGCCGGCAGCCGGCCCCGGGCGCUCCGGGGGGCCGUGUGGCUGCGGCCUCCGGGAGGCGGUGGACGGCGUGCGCUUCAUCGCGGACCACAUGCGGAGUGAGGACGACGACCAGAGCGUGAGUGAGGACUGGAAGUAUGUCGCCAUGGUGAUCGACCGUCUGUUCCUUUGGAUCUUUGUCUUCGUCUGUGUCUUUGGCACCAUCGGCAUGUUCCUACAGCCUCUCUUCCAGAACUACACCACUGCCACCUUCCUCCACGCAGACCACUCGGCUCCCAGCUCCAAGUGAGGCCCUCCCCAGCUCCAUGCUCCUUCACCCCUCUGUUGAACAGUAGUUUUGGGUCGAGGAGGGAUGAGUGAGCUACCAGAAAGAGGGGCGCUGCCCCCACAGACCCAUCUUUUCACUUCACCUGGAGCCCGCCCCCCCGCCAGCGCCAGCCUGGAGGCUGGACCAGCUGCGUCGUGUUCUGGCUGCUCUCCUCCUCUUGUACCAACCCAGGCAAUAGUGCUGCUGGUUGAGCAUGAAGGCUGAGAAGUGGAGGAUGGAGUGGCUGGAGUCUUCCACCCUGAGGAAAGUGUGACGGGGAAGGGGCCAAGAAGGGGACAGAAUCAACAGCUGCCUCCAAGUCAUGGGAAAAGGGAGGCGCAUGGGGGCAAGACAGGGGCUCCGACUGUGCUGGGUUGGCCUGACACAAUGGCAGAUCAGAAGGGAGGAGCAAGGGGAGAGAGGCCUGGGUGUGACCUGAUGUCCGUCCCUGCUUAACUGCACAGCAGCUAGCUGGGUGGGCCUCACGGCAGCCAGGGGUUCCUGCCCAGAGGUUAGCCUGGAGCUGAGGUCGGAGUCCUGAGCGAGGCUUCCAGCCCAGUCCCACAGCCCCUUGCUUCUAAGGGCCCCAGAGUUCAGCCCCAGGUCCCCUUCUCCCAGUGAAGAUUCUUCCUAGACUUCCUUUCUUGCUCAGGCCAGGGUGUGGGGGGCAAGGCUGGGUGUUAGGGGAGCCCCGGAGUUCUGAAUCUUUGGGUGACCUGCUUGGAGCUUAAGGGCCAAAUUCUUGAACUGUGCGAGUUCAAGUUCACAGGCUGUUCCUCGGCUGCAAUUUGAACCGACUGGUCAUGGGAACGAGUAAACUAAGGACAUUAGCUGUAAGCAGACCCAGCCCUCGCGCCCGCAGCAGAGCAGGCCGGGCAGGAGAGGGCUGCCUGUGGAGGCCAGCCCAGCAGGGUGUGAGUGCCCAGAACUCUGCCACGUCAGCAUGGCUCCUGCCCCCCUACUUCUGUUCCUGGCUCCAUCCUUCCUGCUCUGGCUCCUCCUCUUGCCCCGCCCAAGCAAACCUGAGCAGGGUUGAAGCAGAGCUUCGGACAACAGGUCUGCUACUGCCGGUCUGCACAGCGGACUGUACACAGAGCCCAGCUUUCGGCUUCCUGUCCUGUGGGUCCCUGGAGGGUGUAUCCCGACGCUGCUCCCAGGGGCCAGCUGGAGGCCACCUUGCCUGUUAGCCCAGGAAACAGACCUCUUCAGGGAUCACCUGCCUUGGUCCCCGCCAUGUGACUGGCUCUGAUCUGUGGUCCCAGCCUGGGCUCAGUGCUGGGCCAGCGGGGUCACAGAGGGGUCCGUCUGCCAAGCGCACCUGAGGGGCCUGCCCGCCACACCGUGCUAUUCUCUGGAGCCUGGCUGGACGCCUGCUUCUGCAGGCACCUCGGAGGUGGGGAGACAGCACAGGCACAGAGCGCUGGACAGGGAGCAGAGUCUGAAUUCCGGUCCCCGCUCUGCCACUUACUCUCAGCCAUCCUGAGCAAUUCUGGCUAGGCCUCAGCUUCCUCAUCUAUAAAUCGGGGAUAGUAAGGCCCUCUUCGUGGGGUUGUUGUGAGGCAGGAGUGAUGUUUGUGAAAAAGCCCAGGGCUGUACCUGGCGUAGAGUAGAUGCUUCGUGAAUGUCAAGUCAGACGUGGUCAGAGUUGACGGGUAUGGGCUUACCUGCCUUGUCAUGUCACUCUUCCUUCCAGACCCACCCAUACCCUGGAGCAGAUAGCCCCCGGAAACAGGGAUGGGGUCUGGGGGAGCUGGAGCCGGAGAGGAGCAACACAGGGAAUGUUGGGGUGAGCCUAACAGGUAGGCUGCCCUCUGGAGCCUCUUCAGCAAAGGUUCGUUCCGUUCCCGGGCUAGGCUCAGGCUCCGGCCUCCCUUCUGGAUCGGCUCCUCCUGACACAGGUGUGUGCCCAGGCCCCCAGGUGAUCUAGUCCCGUACUGGCUGUGGAGGAACGCCACUGGGACACGAAGCCAGCAGCUGUGAGAGAUGUGCUUCAGCACAUUUCCCCACCUGCCGGAAUGGGCUGGCAGACAUCUCUUCUGGGGGUGAGUGUCUCGGCACCAUGGAGACUCCCUUCUUCUAGAACAGCAAAUGGAGAGUUGCCUCUAUUAUGGCUGGACCCACCUCGGACUCACAGCCCUGAGGAAACAUCCCGGAACCCGAAACAGCUAAUGAAAAGGAACCCUCCCUCUGAAGGGUAGGUGCUGGCCUGAGGCCCUCCUGCCCAGCUCUCCCGGGUUCCUUGCCAGGGUCUAGGCUGCUAGGGAGGCCCCAUCAGCUGUUGCUGUGGCUGGACUUGCUUUCAGUACUUCCUGCAAUUGGCUGUCGUCCGAGUAAGUCACCAGACAGUGCCAGAGGGGCUGCUGGAGAGCAGCUUGUCCAACUCCUCGCCAUGGCCCCCCCGACACACAGGGAAGUGGAGGCCCAGAGGUUGUUUGCUGGCUGACCUUGUACAAGCACUUAACUCUGAACUUGCUCAUCCUCAUCAGUGAUGUGGGGAUGACAGCUGGCUGAGGGCUACAGCAAAGAUGGGAGGGACUGAUGGAAGGGGUUAGCCGGGCAGGGUCCCUGGGGCAGUACCAUUCCCUCCAUCUCUGGGCGCAGCCCCUAGGGGACCACGCCAGUGGGGAGGAGGGGAGGACGGGUGGAGGAAAGAGGGCUCAGGCAAGGUGUUACCACGUGUCAGUACAGCCUUGGAACCCUCAAGGGUGUUGGGAAGCUUUGGAGAACCAGUCUCUUCUACUCUUGGGUCCUCCGUCCUCUUCUCUUGGUGUUGUCAGGGAAGCCUCUUGGCCCCUUCCAUGGCGUGGGGCAGGGCAUCUCUGGAGAGAAUGGGGUACCCAGCUGCGCUCCAGGCCAGGACUGAAGGCCCCAGAUCUGAAGAGGGAGGGAGAGAUACUGGAUUGGCACCCAAGCAAGGUGGGCUUGGGAGAGGGCAGUGAGGAAACAGUUGGGAUCAUCUCCAUCAGAGAUGAGAAGGCCACAGGCCAUCUGAGAACCACUUCUUGUUUGAAAAAGAGGGUAUGAGAGACUGCUUUUGACGGCUGGAACUGCGGCAGGAGGAAGGCAGUCUCCUGGCAGCGAGGUGUCUAAUACUGGAACAGCUGGUACCAAGUUAUUGCAGAUUUAAAAGCAAAUAAGACACGGGCAGCCCCCAGCUGGCAUUUCUGUGGAGGAAGGCUAUCUGUGCAGAAAGGGCAAGGCCAUUUCCCUCUAAGGAAACAGGGAGGGUGUGGGGCUUUGACUCCUGUUCUGCUUCUCCCAAUCCCAGUGUUAGCUGCUGUGCACAGUGGCCUGCUCUGGGCCAGUUGCUUCGGAUACACUGUCUUUACCCCUCACUGUCCUGCAGGGAAGGGGCCCCUGUUGACAGAAGAAAAGUGAGGCACAGAGAGACCAAGAGAUAGCUGGUGCGUAGUGCUGGACCUGAAACCCAACACUGAUCCCAGAGUCCACGCUCUCUGUGGCCUUUGAGGCAGGGAGGAGGAGAGCUCCUUGGGAGGGAAGUGAGGGGCAUUCAGCGUCUUCUCUGAAAUCUCUCCCCACUCAGUUCCAGCCGUCACCCUCUGCUUGUAGGCAGAGUUGGGCUGGCGUCACAGCAUCCCUCACAAGCCAACUGGUGCUGGCCAGUCGCCCACCCAGACCAGACAGAGAAUAAGCAGCAACCCUUCAGUAUUCAUCCCAACAGGUCUCAGAGGUCAGUGUGACAGUCACAUGGUUCCUAAGGGACUGUCGGUCUAGGAAUCAUUAGAACACCUCACUCACCCACCCGCAGUGCCCCCAUCUCUCCCACACUGGCCUCGGCUGCCCCCGUCUGUGCUCCUGGAAUAUUUGCACUGACCUAGCCCACUCCAGGCCAGACUCAUUAGGAACUCAAGAUUCUCAUAAAGAAAGUUGUUUCCAAAGGUGUCAUAUCUCUCUGUUACAUCUGGGGGGCAGAGGUGGGGACGGGGGCUGGGGGGUGGGGACGUCCUCUCGGGCCAGGGUUGAAUAAGGGAAGGGAGAAUAUUGGGGAAACUGGACUCAUGAGAGGUUAAGCACAUCGCACGAAUCUAAAGAAAAGAUCAGUGGUAACAUCAAUGAUUGUGAUUUGUAGCCUGACAAGUCCAUUCAUCAGAUGGAAAAGAUAGGGCCAAAUGGCUGCGCCUAGAGUAGACAGAGCCCAGAAAUAGCUCCUGGGGAGGCCCUUUGUAAAGAAGGGGCCCUGGAGGACAGGGCACUUGAGGCCCGGUCUCCUGGAGGGAUGGCUGGGGACUCCUCGCACAGCCCCUGCACUCUGCAAAGUCAGGGCUGUCUGUGUGGAAGGCACUCUUGCUCCUGGAACAUGGGUUUGACCCGGGCCCACAUCCUGGAAGCAAUAUUAAAUGGUGGGCCCCCGAGAUGAAAUGUAGGGUGAACAGCAACUGCAGUGCUGAGCUGAAGAAAACCCCUCUUGUGCUCCCGUGGGGUAGCCUUGCUUCCCAGCCCACCCAGAGCUGGGUGGCGGGGGGACAGUCUUACGUCACGCACUCACUGUAGGUAUGGAAGAAACGGUCCAUUUUCUACAAAGCCUGGAUACUACAUUUCCCUCCAGGUGGGACCAGAUGCCUGGGAACAGAGAGGACAGAGAUGCUCGAGGCUCCAGGUACCUCACGGUAGGCGGAGACACUGUCCUUCACUGUCUGUCAAAACUGUCCAGCUCACCAGGUACUGUAUUUCAACAGACUGUGACCGACACCCAUGCAGAGUUCUGGUCCUUAUUUAAUGUGCCCCCCAAACAUGUCGCUGGCCCUCCUGGCCUCAGUUGUUCCAUCUGUAUUGUGGAUGAAGAGGGAGGUUUCACUGCGACUUAGGAAGCCUCACUGUCAAAUAUUUCGUGUCCUCUGGUAUGGUAUUUUUACAAGGUCAAGGAAGAGUCUUGUAGAAAUCCUGGACUAAAUUGUAAUCUGGAAAGUGGUGCAUAUUCUCUUUGAAAUCAAGACGGAGAAAUAUUCUGGAUGCCAUCUAUGAAGUAAAAAGCAAAUGGCCUGUCUCCUAAGACUGCAGCCAAGCCAGUUCUGGUCCAGGCUGCAACUUGCACCUCCCCGCAGGCAAAACAGCUGGGAGUGGAAGGCUCUAGAAACCCCUCAAGGAGAGCCGGGGUUGCGGAUGUGAUUUGUCGUGUGGUCUCAAGGGACGCUUUCCUACUCUGGGCCUUGAAAUCUUGCACAGCAAGUCUCUGGGGACAAGAUAUUUGAUGGUGGAUCUGAUGGGGAAGGGGGGCUGUGGACCUGGGGAAGUAAUUAAAGGUUGUCUGAUAUACUCCAACACACCGGACACAAGCUCACCUCCUAGGCAGCCCCUUUGAAAUGGCUCCUCUCUGUUGGCUGAGGGAGACCCUCUCCUCAGGUUCUGUGUCAGAUGCAGCUGGUGCUCUUGCCAGAAAUCCCAGGACCACGGCUCUCUCUGUCCCCACUUUCUCACCCCCCAAGAAACCAAGACUUGAGGUUUUCUAACAAUUCAGAUUCUUCUUUUUUUUUAUUUACGAGGAAUGUAUAUUGUUAGUCACUUUUACCAAGGGACACAUAAAAGUGGAAUCAUAAAACUGACUGCACCCAUCGUGGCACCCAAGUCUACGCUUGGGCUCUUCCCCACUCUGCUCUUGGAGUUACUACCAAGACCCCCAAAACCAGCAAAAUCCCUUCAACAUGAGUAAAGGAAAUAGCUUGAAGCAGU